GCCUUGAACGCAGCGCGGGAGGGGCGCGUGCACUGUGCUGACGAGCCGUUGCUUGUGGAAACAGCUGGUGGUUUCUGUCAGCCAACUCGUCGGAUUGAAAGCAGCGUCACCGCGAAUAAAAGUUAAAAUUAGCCUCGAAACGGACGAAAUAGGGUUCGAGUCGACCCUGUGCUUCUGUUCCGACAGAAACCGGGACAUGUCAUCCUGUGAGCGGCACUUUAUCAGCCGACUUUUAGCUUGUUGUUAGCGGUGGACCACCCCACACGGACCGACGCUCCUCACCGCAGCCGGCUGCUAACGUCAGCUAGUUUCUUCCCCCUGCCGAACCGCCGCCCGACACUUCAGAACCGGGUUUUUUUCUUGGUUAACUCUUUUUUUAAAACAUGAUUCAUAUUCAUUAUAAAUUCUCGUCCAAACUCAGCUACGACACGGCGGUGUUUGACGGCCUGCACGUCACGCUCAGUGACCUGAAGAGGCAGAUCAUGAGCAGGGAGAAGCUCAGAGCUGGAGACUGCGACCUGCAGAUCACAAACGCGCAAACCAAAGAAGAGUACACGGACGAUGAAGGUCUGAUCCCCAAAGGCUCCUCUGUCAUCGUCAGGAGAAUCCCCACCAUUGGAGGCAGGUCCAGCUCGAGCAGCAAGACCAACAGGACGUAAGUGUGUAUUUUAGGG